AAGAAUUGUGUUGCUAUGGUUACAUAAUGAUGCUGUCAAAAACUACUUUGUAUUUUUUUGAGGGGCUGUCAAAGUAGUUUGAUUAUCACUGGAAAUUGACACGCUCCAGUUUAUAAUGUGUGAAAAUCAUCAAAUUAUUCACGCCGAUAUAGAGCCCGGAGUUAUCACUCGCGACUUGAUAAAAGAAGCUUUGAGGGAGCAAGGCCCGAAGGGUGAAGCUGGUCGUUUAAUAGAAGCUGAAAAUUAUGAAAUCCAGAAUUAUCCUAGCAAAAGUUUGAGACUUGAGUUUCUGAAUAUUCUAAGGAUCGAUCACCUAUGGAUGAUGAGACAAUUGACUUGCUUGAAACUAUCAAACAAUAUGAUUGAAGUCAUUGAAAACCUAGAUGAGCUUGUGAACCUAGUUGAACUUGACUUAUCAUUCAACCACAUACAUAAGAUCCAAAACCUUGAUAGCCUGGUGAACUUGGAAAUAUUUUCUCUUUAUCAAAACCACAUAGAGGUAGUCGAAAAUAUGGAUGCUUUGAGGAAACUGGAAAUAUUCAGUAUUGGACGAAACUCUAUUGAUGAUAGGGGAGAUUGUGUGUUAUACUUGAGAAAAUUCAAGAAACUCAAGUCUCUUAACAUGAUUGACAAUCCAGUUACCCAAAAACUUUUUAACGGCGAGAAAUUUCGAAAGUUUUUGGUAGCUUACAUUCCGCAACUGGUUUAUUAUACUUACAGGCUUAUCAGCAACGAGGAGAAGGAGAAUGCAAGACAUGUUCACCAGAAAGAGCUGGAGAAACUGGAGCAAGAUGAGAGAAAUCUGCAGCACGUCGAAGAGCAAGAGGAGCGCUUGAAAAGGGAGGAAGCACAACAUGCCAAAGCGUACGUGGAAAAGCUCAAUGGUCACCAAUUAUUUGAGUACCUUUUCGAGAGAGAUCCCGAGGGUCAGGCUGUUCUUCUGACAGGUCAGGAGGCUGAAGAAAUUAACGAAGGAUUUAAAGUACAGACUCAUGAAAUCACUCAGGGGCUGUUUCAAUUGGGCCAGGAACAAUUAGCGUUGAGAGACGAGGAGAUUAGGCAGUACACCAGCACGGUCAAUAUCACCAAGGCAAAUAGCUACCAAGAAUCGAGGAAACAAGUGGAACACUUUUUGCUGGAAAAAGAUUCAAUCUCGGCCGACACAAAAGCACUGCUGGACAUUGUCGAAUCACCGGCUUUGGUGGGGGAAGAACAGCUUUCCGAAUACGCUUCCAGCAUGAAAAUGCUCGAAUUCAAAUUCCAGGACAUCAGCCAGGAUCUGUGGACUCAUCUGAUGAGAAACGAAAUGGUACUUUCCGAGCAGCUUGAGGAACUGAAUUCAACAUUUGAGAGAAACCUGCGUGAUAUGGUGAACAAUUUUAUUGAAUCGGCGCAGGGCUACUUCACGCAGAUUCGUGAGCAGGAAAACAUCUACAGUGAGCUGAUAAAAGAUCAUGUCGUACGCUACCAGACUCAUCUCACAAUUCGAAAUGAGGAUUUGUCAACUCUGCCACCUUUAUUGAAAACUAUAAUGACAGACAAGGAAUCAGUUAUAUCAGCCCUGCAGACUUCUCACGAUCUACACUUUUUGGUGAUCGAUACCAGAGAGGAUCAGCUGAUCAAUCGAAUAAGGGACUGGUACAGCGAUCUCUGUUCCAAAAUAGAGAAAGAAGAAAUAGAACGAGCUAGAAACGCAGUUUUGGAAAUCAACCAUUUUCUAGACUUCGAGAGAGAUGAGUAUGACAUCAUUCACAGGAAGUUUUCCGAACAGUAUCUGCUGGACAUACCGGAGGUGAAUCAAGAAAUAAUGCAACAGAUAUCCUAUUCGUCUGUUUCAAAUCUCAGUUCGAAGAGUUUUGGCAUGGAAGCCGGGCAUCCAGUCAGUUUCGAUAAUAAUACUGCUCAGGAUUUGAAUGGCGAGAAGAAAGACAAUAAUUGAUUUAUUUGAAUUGGUUGAAUAGAUAAUUUAUUUAUUUAUAGCACGGAAUAUCUUAUUAUGUUUUGUUUUCCCUAUGAUAACAGUUGAACGGAUUAAUAAAAACCAAUCAAGCCAAAAUAU